AUGAUCGUGUCGCUACGGUCAUCACUGGCCGCGAGCGCGCUGCUUAUAUACUCGAUAUUCGCGCAGACAGAUCCACAAUUAACGGGAACAUGGACCACCAAAUCGAGGAGCGUCAUCACUGGACCAGGAUUCUACGACCCAGUGAACGAGAAAAUCUUUGAGCCUGCUCUGACAGGCUUUUCAUAUUCCUUUACCGAUGACGGCCAUUACGAGGAGGCGUACUACAGAGCCAUUUCAAAUCCUGGCGACCCUUCGUGCCCGCAAGGCGUCAUACAAUGGCAGCACGGCACAUAUGCGAAAAAUGCAAAUGGCUCUCUCACCCUGACACCAUUUGGAGUCGAUGGUCGCCAAUUGCUUUCAGAUCCCUGCAACAAUGCCAAUGCCAUAUUCACCCGCUACAAUCAAUUCGAACUCUUCAAGGACUACGAAGUUGUCGUAGAUGGUUAUAGUAAAGCUCAGCGCCUCAAUCUUUUUGCAUCCGAUGGCUCCCCUCUCAACCCCAUGUAUCUCGCCUACAAUCCACCGGAAAUGCUACCGACUCAGACCUUGAACCCCACGGCUAGUGCUUCCGGCGCUGGAGCUACAUCCACAGGGAAAGCAAAGCGGACUCUCGAAGAUAUGGAUAGUUUCGUCGAGCCUUUGAACAAGAGCGUUCUGAGGAAACGGAGAGAGCCUGUCAAUGCUGAUAAAUGGUGGUGGAUGGGUUAUAAUCCAUCCUUUCUUGCCGGCCGAGACGAUGAAUUGAUACGACUUCGCGAUGUCACUCUGGCAAUCCUUUCGCAAUCUCCAGCCGCGAACACGCACAAAGCGGAAAAGUUCUUUGAACUCAAGCCUACAGAGAAGGACAAGGAAGGUCUGAAAGAUUUGCUACCCAGAGUGAGGAGGGUGGAUUGA